ACAUGCACACACAUUUGCCAAGAACCUCAACUAGGUGGCAAAUACGUGCAGUUCUAUUGAUUGACUGAUAAAAUAGAAUCGACUGUUGAGUGUAGACGGAUAAAUGUCUGUCUCGUAUACUGAAAGAAGAUAUAUUGAGAACAACCUACAAUACAGUUCAGAAAAGGGAUCCCUUCUGCAAAACCUGUAAAUUGUUUUGUUUGUCUCCAGUCUUUUGAAGAUUCUCAUAUCUGUCUCCACACGUUGUCUUAAUAUCACCUCUCAUAACAUCAUGGAAAUGCAAAAGUUAUCAAAUGGUAACCACCACCAUGACUUUGUCCCUUUGGAAGAGGGUGUACAAUCAGAGCAAGAGGAGUUCCUGCCACACAAGAGUGAUGGGACAAAGAAACCUCAGUUUACUGAUUUCGAGGGUAAGACCUCCUUUGGGAUGUCUGUCUUCAACCUCAGUAAUGCCAUCAUGGGAAGUGGAAUCUUGGGAUUAUCAUAUGCCAUGUCAAACACGGGUAUCAUUCUGUUUCUAGUUCUGUUGACAUGCAUUGCCUGCCUGUCCAGUUAUUCGGUUCACCUCCUGCUUAGAAGUGCUGGAGUCGUUGGUAUUCGUGCCUAUGAACAGCUGGGCUUUCGGGCUUUUGGACAUCCUGGAAAAAUAUUAGCUGGUGUUAUUAUAACCCUUCAUAACAUUGGUGCUAUGUCCAGUUACCUUUUCAUCGUGAAGUUUGAACUACCACUGGUCAUCCAAGCCUUUCUAGGUCAAGCAUCUACCUCUGGAGAUUGGUUCAUGAAUGGAAACUACCUUAUCAUCAUUGUCAGUGUCUGCAUCAUCCUACCACUCGCCCUGAUGAAACAACUUGGGUAUCUGGGUUACACCAGUGGCUUCUCCCUCACCUGCAUGGUCUUCUUCCUUUCCUCUGUUAUUUACAAGAAAUUUAAUAUCCCUUGCCCCCUGGAGGCCUUCAGCAACUACUCUAUCAACACCACCAUCCCAGAGGAUAUUUGUGAAGGCAAAUUAUUCACCAUCAACCAAGAGACGGCGUACACAAUCCCCAUCUUGGCGUUUGCUUUUGUGUGUCACCCUGAGGUGCUUCCCAUCUACACUGAGCUGCGCAACCCUACCAAGAGACGAAUGCAGGGUAUUGCUAAUGUAUCCAUCCUUGGCAUGUUUGUCAUGUACCUCCUCACCGCCAUCUUUGGGUAUCUCACUUUCUACGUGAACACAGAAUCUGAGCUCCUGCACACAUACAGCAUAGUGGACCCUCUGGACACCCUCAUCCUGUGUGUUCGCCUGGCGGUGCUGGUGGCUGUCACUCUCACUGUCCCUGUUGUCCUCUUCCCAAUCCGCAGAGCCCUACUUCAACUCCUGUUCCCAGAGAAAUCUUUCCACUGGGUCCGCCACAUUGUUAUUGCUGUGUGUCUACUCUUUGUAGUCAACUUGCUUGUCAUCCUCGUGCCCAACAUUCGAGACAUCUUUGGGAUCAUUGGGGCCACCACUGCUCCUUGUCUCAUCUUCAUCCUCCCAGGAAUGUUCUACAUGCGUAUUGUUCCUACUGAACAAGAGUCCAUGACUUCAAAACCAAAGAUCCAGGCUGCUUGUUUCACUGCUUUGGGCUUCAUUUUCAUGACCAUGAGCUUGACGUUCAUCAUUCUUGACUGGACAAGUGGAGAGAAACGAAGUGGGGGUGGCCAUUAAAGCAAAUACAUCAACAGAGAGGGUCCACAUGCCAAGACAUCUGCUUGCCCCGUCGCUGUGACACUCCUCAAGAUGGAGAUGGAGACGAGAGGCUGGGCCCACAUUGUGUAGUGUUUUAUCACCCUGCGCUGUGAUAAGACAGCUUUCCCACCUAUUCUAAUCAAAAAGACACACUACCCUUCCAUGGAGGCAAAAGUCUUUAAAGAAUCCAAUGGUCACAUUAUCUGAGAUUAUGAGCUCUCCAGUCAUCGCAACGCAGCUAACGAAUGUGCUGCCUGUGGAAACACCAGAUCCACUUCAUGUCUCCAAAGUAAUGAAGCUGGAGUCUUGAAUGGAGAGCAUCUAGUAUGAAAGUUCAUCAACAAAGAUGCAGGGGUUCAUUAUCUAUCUGAUAAGGGGGCAGACCGUAUGUUACCAGCCAAGUAUUUGCUGCUCCAAGUGCCAAAACAAUGCAUUCGUUGUUGUUUGUCUAUCAAAGCUCAAUGUUUAUUUUAUUUACUAGAUUCUAAUAGAAACCUUCUUUUGUGAAGAUUUUUGCUGUCUCUGUUAAUUCCCACCACUGCUAUCCACAGUCAUUUUGUCCAAAUGUGUGAUAAUUUACUGUUUUGGCAACAAUUCUAUUUUUGGCAACUAAUCCUACAACCAAUUGACAUCCUACCGACACAAUUGAAUAAUACAAUAAAACAAAACAAAAUGUCAACAAUAUUAUAAAAAACCUUAAUGUAACCUUAAUGUAAAAAUGAUGUUCCUUUAGUCGAACAUACUAAAUAUGAGGCUGUCAGACAAGAUGUGCAGUUCUUUAUGUCUAUCUUACUUAAUUGGACUAAUCCAUAUCCUCAUAUCCUCAAAACAUUGUCAAGUGGUUGAUACAGUUUUCACGCUUUUGACAUCAUGUAACCAUGGAUUGAAUGGUAAUAUAUUGUAUUGCUGACUUUGACAAUGUGAGGGUAAACAAUGCAAUAGGGUCCGAAAAUGUGAACUAAUUAAUUAAGAUGUUUAGUAUUUGCCAAACUGUAAAAUAUAUAUUUUGUCAUGUAAGGAAUCAUUUACAAAUUUGCCCAUUCAGUGAUUCGUGUAAUGUAAAACGAAGUGAGGAACUGGGUCAAAUAAGGAGACAUAUGAUAAGGCUAAAGCUGUAAUUGCAUAUUCAAAAGGAGAAUGUAAAUAUAAAUUUUGCUGAGUUCUUGGAAAUGUUGGAAAGAUGAAAGCUAGUAUAGAAAUGUCAAAGCUGAAUGCCUUGGGAACACCAUUAUACAAAUGUGACAGCUUUUUAUCAUGGCACCAGUCAAUUGUUUUUUGCAAGGAACAUUUUGUUUUUAACCUGGCACCAUUGUCAAUAGUAUUCUAUUUCCAAUAAAGAUGGUUGUCAGUAUUUAUCAAAA